AGCGUGUAUUUAACUGGUUGUGCAGCCGAACAGGUGGCCAAAACGAAAGCAUCUGCGAGCUGCCCACAGCCACUCUCUCACUCUUUCCCUCAGCAGAAUCCAUAAGGAGCAGGUGUUCAUCCCCUCUCUACCUCAUCUGACAGAUCCUUUUGAUUUAAAGAUAUACUAACAGCAUGAUUCUCUCAACAAAUUCCAAGAUGCUGUAUUUGUGUGCAAAACAAACGUGCUUCCAAAAAUGUGCGUCAUUGCUAGCCAGCGCCUCCCGCCAGCAUCCAAAGCUCAAAGUUCAGAUAGUUUCUUCCACAAGAAAAUCGCACACUGCAGCUCUCAGCCAGAAAUACGCUUCCAAAAUCAUCGACGGCAAGAAAAUAGCCGAACAAAUUCAAGUAGAAAUCAAGUACGACAUCCAGAGGUGGCUGGCACGUGGAAAUCGGGGACCUCACCUUAGCGUCCUGCUGGUAGGCGACAAUCCGGCCAGCGCUGUGUAUGUGAACAACAAGCUUAAAGCUGCACAAAAGACAGGUAUCUCCAGUGAAACCAUCAUCCGUCCAAACAAGACAACAGAAGAUGAGGUUCUGAACAUCAUCCGGGAAUUGAACGACAACCCGAAUGUGGAUGGAAUUCUGGUCCAACUGCCCCUGCCCAAUCACAUGAACGAGAGGAAAGUGUGCAACGCCAUAGCACCCCACAAGGACGUGGACGGGUUCCAUGUAGUCAAUGUCGGUCGGUUCUGUCUCGACAUGAAUGCCCUCAUGCCUUGCACGCCUCUAGGAAUCAUGGAGCUGCUACGGAGAACGGGAAUCGAAACGUUCGGAAAGAAUGCAGUAGUUUGCGGACGAUCCAAAAAUGUGGGCAUGCCCAUGGCUAUGCUACUACACGCAGAUGGAAUUGGCGAGACUCAAGCUGGGGAUGCUACUGUAACCAUCUGCCAUCGACACACGCCUGCUCAGCAACUCGUAGAGUUCACAAAAAUGGCCGAUAUAUUGGUCGUUGCCACCGGCAUUCCCCACCUUAUCACGGCGGACAUGGUCAAGGAGGGGGUGGCCGUCAUUGAUGUUGGAAUCAGUCGGAUUAAGGACCCAGUCACAGGAAAAUCCAAGCUAGUAGGGGACGUGGACUUUGACGGAGUCAUAGAAAAAGCCAGUUACAUCACCCCAGUGCCUGGAGGGGUCGGCCCCAUGACCGUCGCCAUGCUGAUGCGCAAUACCUAUAUGGCAGCCUGCAGCACAAUCCGUUAUGAAACCGGUACCAUCCCCGCCUAUCAGACAUGGGAUGACGAAUCAGAAAAUGUGGCCUUCGUCAUUUGAGCUUCUUUGACAUUCGAAUGAUGUUCCUGCUUCCAGAUCAAAAGCAGCGCACAUUCUUUCUGUCUGUUUGAUUUUUUGUUGAAUAUGGAAGUCAGAAGUACUGACAAUAAACUACUAAGAGUUGGAUCAUCCGCUUAAAAUGUCGGAUGCUGAUGUUAGAUUUAUUGCCACCUGUUGUUUGAUUUUGAAAAUGUAUCUUACUUUUUCUUUGUACAUAAUGUUUAUUUGAUUUAAGUUUGUAAAAAAUAAUAAAUUAAUAAAGUAUUUUUUGUAUCGUG